CCCGGGGCGGAGCGCGGCGCGAUCGCGUCCCGUCGCCGAGCAACGCUCCGUGCCCCGAGCCAUGUCCGACCCCGGGCUGCCCGGCCGCUUCCGACAGCCCGCCUUCUACCGCGGCUACGGGCAGCCGGCGCCGCACCCCCGGUUCCGCACCACCAACCAGACCUACGGCAGCAGGGCCCCCACGGUGCACGAGCUGCCGACCUGCUUCCGCGUCAUCUCGCACAAGUUUUCGGAUCAUCUGGGCAAGGCUGGCAUGUACAGGAACAACAGCCUCAACACCUCGCUGGAGAAGAGCUACUGCACGGGCCCCGACACCUUCAUCACCGCCUACGAGCACAUGGACUUCCACCCCAGCUACAACCCCAGCGGGCCCUCGCACUGCAGGAACCUGAGCUAGGGAGGGACACCAGGGAGCCACCGCGGCUCCUCCCGGGGGGGAAACCACGCACAGCUGAGACGACACCCACUCGUUCACAGAACGAAUGUUAUCGUUAAUAACAUAUAUUGUUAUAUAUGUUAAUUUAUAAAGAUGUAGUGUGGUUAAACGUCAGUUAAAUAGCUCAUCUGAGCCGUUUUGCUUAGUUUAUGGCAGCAUAUAAAUCCUAGAACAACAUAUAUCCCCUUAACCUCUUCUCUGUCGCUAAUGAUCCUUUAAACUCUUGGCUCAUGUACCACAUAUAAUUAAAAAUUAAGAUUUAAACUGC